GGCAUCAAUGACGGCGUUACAGAUGAUUUGCGACACAUGAUACUCUUUUCGUCCUUUGCUUUGCAUUACACACCGACAGCAGUGACUUCUUUCGUUUGCCUUUGACAGCGCUAGCGUUUGUUUCCUUCUAUGCAUAAGAGCGGCGGGUCGGCUGUUUGUUUGACACUUUCAAUCCCGCAUAUAUGUCAUGAAGACCUGGUCAGCCUCGCGGCUUGGGAUAUGAUUUGGAUGAGGAAUGUUUUGAUUGCUUUGUUUGUUUCUGUCGCGGUAUGCUGUGCAUGUUACUGGUCGGUACUGGUAUCGGACUGGUCUGCGACGCUGGUAUACAUCAGGAUGUAUGCGCAGGUUGAUACCAUGACGCGGUGCAGUAGGUUGUUACGCCUGUGGCGGGUUGACACAGUCCGUGACUGUGGAAAUCUUCGAUAACAGACUACUGUCCGUGUGGUAUCGGUAGGGUCAUCUCCUAUCAUCCAGGCUGGUAUCCUGGA